GGGAGCUCUAAAAGUGAGAAGGGGAGGGAGAAUGGAGGGGAAAACGGUGGUUCGUAGCGGAGAAAUCCGACAGUGUCACUUCCGUGGCGGUUCGGGACGAUACGUAUUCUUUUUUCUGCUCUCGUCGUAGUUAAACUCGUCAUGGUUGUCGUCGCUUUAUUCAGGGUGGAAGCGUAGUAAAGGUUCAAGAAAGAGGCUGGACCAUGUCAGGGCGAGGGGCGGAGUGGUGACCUAAAACUCAUCCUCUGCGCCGCCGACCCUCGAUGCUUACGCUACGGCUGGUGUCGACUCAUUUCUUGAAGCAGCCAUAGGCAGUGCCCUUCGCCUAAGAGAAAGGGCUCUAAAUGCGAUGUGCCGUGAUAGGGACAUGAACUCAGAGCUAAUCGAGUCAUACGAACUCUUGUUACCGUCUCGCUUAUCUUCGUUGAUGUCGAAAUAAAAAGAAAAAUUUGUAAAAAAUUUGAAAAACCAACAAAAACGAAAAUUUUCCCCUCAAAAAAAAGAAAAGAAAAUACGAAAAAAAGAAAGACGCUUGAUUGUUACGUACGCCUCGAGGAUAAAACCAAAAAUCCUCGGACCGAAAGAAUUUUUUUCCGAAAAUACAACAGUAUUUUACGGUUCUCCUAAAUUCUUCCAAUCACGCGAGCAUCGUUCUUUAAUCUAAUCGUUUUUUCAUCUUAUAUACUUAUGUACUUUGUUAAAGACGAAUCAAUUUUUCUUACGUCAAAACGGAACGUCUAGUGAGUAAACGACUAAACCGAAAGAAGAGAAGACGGCUUUCGACCAACUAUCAUAUUGAAUUCGGCAUAUUCCAAGCUGUGGAGAAUCGCAAGAGAUUGUAUUUGCGGCAGUGGGUCGCGGUGUAGAAGUGGGAUGAGACGUCCUCAGCAAGAACAACAACAUCACCACCAUCAUCACCACCACCACCACCACCAUCAUCACCACAAUCAGCAUCAGCAUCACCAAUCUCAUUAUGGAUCGGCAAGUCCAACGCGUUCGCGACAGUCUCACGACAAGGACGAGUCCCGCCUCGCCAGAGUGAAGCGAGUCCUCGCAGGAUCGUUCCUUGGCCGAGGCAGAGGGUCCACGAGAGUGUUCGGUGCUCGGCUCGACUUGAUAGAGUCUUAUCAGGAAACGGGUGUACCCUACGUGGUCCAUCGGCUCUGCAGCUAUAUCGAGGCUCACGGUUUCCAAAGUGCUGCGGUAUUUCGUCUAUCGGGCGGUAGUCCAAGACUCGCUGAAAGAUUGAGGACUACCUUCGAGAGAAGAGGCGACGCCGAUUUGGAAUCUGCAGCUUGUCCAUCCACAGCGGCCACCCUUCUUCGACAGUACCUGAAAGAAUUGCCGCAACCCGUUGUACCGUCCACUUUGGUCGCAAGCUUGUUGAACCUUCACAACAAUGAUUACUCAAAUAAUCACGAAUCCUGGAUUAAAUCGACGAAGGAACUCCUAUCAACCCUCCCGUCCUCUCAUUAUCGCUUACUUGGUUACUUGGCGAUUUAUUUAAGCAGAUACGAAGCAAGACACGGACGAAGCGCUGGCGUGUGCGGUGUAUUCGCUCCUGUUAUUUUACCUCACGUCCCACCUGCGACCACACUUCUACGAGACAUCCUUGCCGAAGCACACGUACUCUUUCCUGAUUGCAUUCGUGAGAACACAGUAAACGGUAUACUUCCGACAGAAGAUUGCACAAUUUGCAAAGAUACGAAAGACGAGCGUAAGGAAUCCGAGGGUACAUCGUUGCUUUGCGCAUUAAAACCGCGUAAACGUAAGGAACGUCGAGAAUCCUGUUGUCAAGAGCGGAAAUUGAUAAGAAGUAGUAGCGAAGAACGUGUUCUUGAUACUUCUAACGAUACAGCGGAUACGAUAAGACGCGUUAGUAGUCACGAAGAUUUCAAUAGCGAACAACAUUUGCACAUAUUGUCUCAACUUGGACAAGACAUGGGUCAUGGAGUGAGAUGCGGGGGUCUGCCUCUGCACGAAAGAACAAAUGUAUCGCCUGUGUCUAAAAAACCAUCCCCGGUACCAUCGCCUUGUGAAGCAGUGUUGGCAACUGAAAGAUUUGAAUGCGAUGCAGAACGUUUGAGGAACAGUGAACGAUUUAGCAGAAGUAUUACUCCCAGAGGAAGAAGACAGGCUCGUAGAAGAAGAAUUCACAGAGUACCGGAUAGCGAUCAAAGCUCAAGCAAGGAAAAUGAAGAACACGAGAAUAUUUAUACCGUAUCUCCAAGUCCAAAUGAUCAUAAUGGAUCACCGGCACAAAGUUUUCUUGAAAUGUUGAGCAGUGGACCUAGUAGAUCUCCAUCACCAGCUCGACCGCCAACAGUUGAUCAUGAAGAUGGAAAUAAUCCCAGUCUGACAAAUUGGGGUUUUCAACAUCGGCAAGGCAACGAAGAAGUUUCUGAUGCCAGAGUAGAAGCGAUGCUGUCACCUAGAAAUUCUCUAUUGGUGCCGAGAAGAUUCUAUUCGGAAAAUGAUACACAACAAAGUGCACCAAAUAUUUCAGAGAUAGGCCUGAAAAAUUUAACGAAACAUAUAAAUGGUUUGAAGAAAAAAAUUAAAAAAUACGAAGACGAAUUCGAAGAGAAUUUUGGUUAUCGUCCAAGUCAUUCGGACAAAAUGAGUAACCGCGAUAUUAAAAGAUUAUGUACAGAAUUAAAUAAACUAAGGAAAGAACAUAAGAUGCUAAAAGAAGAUCCCAUCGGUGCGCUGAUAGCUAACGCUAAUAAUAAAUUAAAUACUGUUGGCAGUCCAACUAAUAAUAAUAACAGUCAAGAAAAAUCAAGAACUACGUCGAUGGAAGAAAUGGUGAAAGAAGUCGAAAAGAAACUUAGCGAAAAACGACUGAAAUACAAUCGACCAGAUAAUAUGGAAGAAUUGACGUAUGAACAAUUAUUUGAUGAAAAAACAGCGGUACAAAAGGCAUUGCUUCAUAUUGAAAAUACUUUUGGUAGGCCAGUUUCCAAAGAUGACAGAUGUAUCGUGCGACCAUUAUAUGAUAGAUACAGGACUUUGAAGAGAUUGCUUAUUAGAGCAGGCGCGAGUAAGAAUAAAGAUAGUAUUUCGGAGCUAGCUACCAUAUUAGAACACGAAGCAAUGGAUUUUACUUCAUCUACUUUGCCUACCAAUUCCACGGAUGCAGAAAGAAGAGCCAGUGAACCAGAUAUGUCUCAUAGAGGCAUAUUAGAUUGUAUUGAUACAGUAGACCAACUUCCAACUGAUAGCGAUAGUCAACACAGCAGUAGCGAAGGGAGUCGUAGCGCUGGAGAAAGUCUUCAUGCAAUGCCACAAGAAGAAUUAUUGGUUCAACAAAGGAUCACUAGAGAAGAAAAAAAGCGUCUUCGUAGAGCUUUGAAGGAAUUAGAGGCACAAUUUGAAGCUCGUGCAGGACGUCGUAUGCAAAGAGAAGAUCGUGGCCCACAAGUCACGACUGUUUAUGAAUCUUACAAACAAGCAAAGGCAAGACUUAGACUGAUCGAUGCUCUUUUGGCAAAGAAUGCUUGAUUCGAUAAUAAAUUUUUAAAUCAGACAGAUAUGGUAUGUAACAAUCGAAGCACGUAAAAUGACAGACGAAUUACUUGCUGUAUUUGAUAACAGAAUUCAAUUGAUAAUAUCGAUACCUAAAUAAGAUUGAAAUUGAAGGCCUGCAAAAGAUUAUUAGAAAAAGCAUCCCAUUAAACCAACAGAAUAGCAUGUAUGUAUGUCUAAAUAUAUACAAAUCAAAAUGCUUUUAUGAGAAAAUAAAGAUAAAGGAAUACAUCUUAUAAAACUAGGGAGUCCUAUUAACUUUCACAAGUCUGUGCGUUCUAAUAAAUAUUUUUAAGUACCUCUUUGUUUUUGCUCUCUUGUAGGCUUAUAAUUAUCAGUCAAAUUUGUUAAGUCACUGUUUCCUUUAUAAGGUUAUUCUUUAUUUUGUAGUAUUGUAAUACAAAUUAUUGAUUCAUUUUCUGGAUAAUACUUUUGUCUGAGAAUCCCCAAGAGAAUAUGUUCUGUAAUAGUAUAUAUAUAAAAUAAAUAUAUUGUCAACAGAUAAAAAAAAAGGAAGUAAGAACAAAGAUGGUGAAUACAUUUUUUGGAUAUAAUUGUAUCAGUGGCCUAUGUAAAGUUUUUAUGAAAUGUGUGUCUAUAGUAAAUACCAUUUAUCAUUAUAUGAGUUUUUAAAAGAAUCACCAGUGAUAGUAUUUUCUUUUACUUCAUAUUAAAGUUAGAUGUUUGUACUUUCACUAUCAUGAUAAUAUUAUUAAUACAUACAUACUUUUUAUCAUAAUCUAUUUAUUUGUAUUUAAGCUUUAGGUACUAUUUUGGGAAUGCAAGAAUAAUAUAAGGAAAAGGCAAUGCCUACAAUAUUGUUAUACACAUGCUGAUGAUAUGCUAUAAAAAAGAACCACUGUUUGAUUACAGGGUUUGAUGCACAAGUAAUCACAAGUUAAUAUGUAUAUUGACCAUUAAUUGAUUAUCAAUUGAAAAGAAUUACGUUUUGAGAAAAAUAUGAAAUAUUUCGUUAAUUAUUAUUUAACAUAUAAACUUUGUAUAAAAGUAGUUAAAAACAUUUAUUUUUAUUAAAAAGUAAUCAUUUCAAUGCAUUUUUUAAAUAUGUAGAUUUGUGCAGAUAUUCAUAAUAAAGAAUGAUUUUUUCUCUCUCUUCUGUUUAAUAAAAAUGAUGAAUAUGUAUUUUAAUUUAAUUGAUUAUUGCUAACACAUGUUAAAAAAUUGAAUAAAGUGUGCACUCUUUGUACUUAUAUCUUAAAGAAGAAAUAAUUGCUAGUUGCUUUCUACAACUGCAAAAACUUAUUAUUGAGAAUAAAGAACGAUUCUGUAUGUGAUUACUUGUAAUAUAAAGAACUUUUAAGAGAUAUCACGUGUUGUAAUUCUAGAGUACUAUAAAAUGUUACAAUCUUGUAAUGUAUUAAACAUGCUCUUCACACUAUGAACUCUAUGAUUUUUACAUUACAUUUUACAUUUUACAAGUAUAAUUUCAAGGCUGAUGAUUUUACAUGUAAAAGGUAAAAAUAAAUGGUAAAGAAACGGCCUUAAAAUUUUACUUGAUUAAAUUUUCUCAAAGACCUUUGAUUAAGGGUGCUCUCUUUCUAGUUUGAGUUUAAAAUAUGUUAAGAAAAUGAAAGAAAUGCUUGUCUUAGAUUUAACGCUGUCUUUAACAAAGAGUGAAUGUGUUGCAAGGAUACACGUCUUUCGAUAAUCUCGAAUGUGUAUUACAAUCGAUAAGAACUUCAAGAAAAGAAGAAUUUCAUUUAUAAUGUAAUGGCAACAAUAUUAUAUUUGUGCUUUUUAUAUACAUAUAUGUGUAUAUAUAUAUAUAUAUGUGUGUGUGUGUGUAUAUAUAUGCAUAUAUAUAUUUUUCUUUCCAUUUUUGCUGCUUUUAUACGAAAGUGUGUAUGCAAAUUUUUUAAAGAUAAACUUUAUAUAUGUUUUUUGUCUCUUUUUUUAUUUAUUUCUUUUAAACUAUACCAUUUUUAUGAUUUCAUUUUUUUCAUAUAAAAUGACUUUUGUCGAGCAAAAGUUAAGAGCUUACUUAAAAAUAUAUAUAUAUAUUAUGAUUAUACUCGCGGAAAGACAAGCGGGCAUCACAUACGAAUUUUUUGUCGUAAUUGCGAAAAAGUAAAAAGAAGAAAAAAAAAACAAUUUUUGAGACCAAAGCAUUUUUGUCUGUGAUAUGAUGUGAGAUAAACUUGUGUUGAGAGGUAGGAGAGAGUGUGUGCGAAAAGGAUACAUUUGUUCGUAAUUACUUUUUGGAAAAUUAUGGAAACGUGUUUUGGAAACUCUACAGGAUGUGGUUGAGAUUAUCAAUUUGUUAUAUUGAUUAUAAUAUCAAAGCCAUUAAUGAUAGAAUUGUAUUUUUUUAAGAAAAAGAAUUGGUAUCAGAUUUCAAUAUGGAGAUUAAUUAAAAUGAACAUACUUAUUUAUAUAUAUCAUAAAAAAAAUAUUACUUCUUCGGAGAAAUUAAUAUCUUCUUAGAUAAUAGUAUGUUUUUCAUUAAAUAAUACUUUCCAUGCUUUUUGUAAUUUUUAUAUAUCGCUUGUAUUUCCGAACGAUAUCUACUCUACAUCCAGAAAUUUAUUUUCUAUUUGAUGCCACGAAAAUAUUCUGUUUCUUAAGAAUGUACACGACUUGUAUUCGUUAUAAUGUAAAAAAAAAAAAUAUAUAUAUAAUAUUGUAGUUGUAAGACAUUUUAUAUUACCGUUACGUAAGAUACAUUUUAUAGCUCGUAGAAGAUAUAUAUAUAUAUGCAUAUAUAUAUAUAUGUGUGUAUAUAUAUAUAUAUAUAUAUUUAUGCAUAAAGAAGAAUCAAGUGAUUUUGUGUAGUGACUUGAAAAAGUACAAUAGUCACUGGCAUUAUUACAUUGAAAUUUUAUGUCUAUGGAAAAGAAAAAUCUUUGCGAAAGGAACACAAAUAUGUGAACAACUUGAUUUUUUCAUGAAAAAGAUAAUUAAUACGAUAGUUGAAAAAGGAUGCUGGUUCUUUCUAAUGUAAACAUGAUUUGUAAUUACAUAUCUAGCAUUUAGAUUUAUGUGACAAAACAUAGCGAACAAUAGAAUAUAUCAUAGAAGUACUAAUAUAGUACUUUUGUCACUUUACAUAAAUGUAUAUGAGCAAGUUCUUUCGCAUCAAAAUAUAAAUGCAAAACAGUUAAUCUGUCUAGCAAAGGUCACCAAUUAUCAACGACAUUUAUACACAUUGAAUUAUGUAUAUAUACAUAUACAUUAUGUACAUGAAAACAGGCAGUUGUGCAUGAAUACAAUCAAUACCUGCAUAUAGACAGAUAUCACAUAUUACACAAGGUAGCAUAAAAAAAAUUAAUAAAAAGAGUAUGAUCUGCUAUAAA